AAAAAUGACACUUCAUUGGCAUUUAUACACACAAAAGAGUUUUUAUUUUUGAUGCCAUUACGCAGGAAGCUGAUCAAAUACAAAUGUUGCUUUUGUAUGUCAUUGAAGACUGGGUGCGUUAUAAUUUCGUUCUACACCUUGUUUUUCGGAUUUAUUAAUGCGGGCACCAUUGUCGAUGAUGCAAUUUACAAACAAACCAGUAAAACUGAUAAAUCGAUCAAAUGGUUCAAUGUUUUCCAUAUCGCUCUGAUGAUCGCGGCCGCCGUAGUCCUGCUGAUAGCUAUUAUGUCGAAAAUUAUGAAAUUAGUUAUCCUUUGGAUAACAAUGUUCGUCAUCCACAUGAUAUCCUACUACAUUGUCUUCCAUGCACUACCAUACGGUCGAAACCCUUACUUCCACAGCGCUCUCUCCAUUUCCGUCUAUGUACUGGCGAUGCUGAUUACCCUCGUGAUAGACUUGUACUGCAUCCUCAUUGUCUAUUUUCAUUAUUAUGUGACGAGAAAUCCAGAUGAAUUCCGACCGCCUUGUGUGGACAAAUAAGGCGCUUGGCAAGGAGGAGGUAGGAUAUGCAGAGCCUGAAUUUAUCUUUAUUUUUAGACUCCGUGUAUAUAUUCCCUACACCUGUUCAUCAAGUGAGAAGACUGCCAGCGUGAUGAUAACAGCUUGUACCGUGUUAAUAUGGCAGACUCAAUUUUCUUUAUAAUUUCAUUAGCAUCUUGAUGAGAACUGAAAACGAUUCCACGCGUGCUAGAGACACACACACAUAUCGAGCGGGAAACUCUAGGCUAAUGCUGAUGCUAAUGAGGCCAUAAUAUAAAUUGCUUAAAUUGAAAUUAUGCAAAAAAGUUAAUACUCCCCACAUCAGGCUCAAGAGGACAUGGCGGCAAGGACGGGGAUAUAAUUUCGCUUGACUUUGACUUUGGCACCAACAGUUGGCCAGGCAAUAUAACAAGAUUUCCCGGAGACUUCCGCUGUGUAAAUAAAUUACGUAUACGCCAUGUGUUACGCAGAACAUA